AUGGGGCGGGCCAAUGACAGUGCCCUACCUGGCUUCAUCCUCCUGGGCUUCUCGGACCACCCUGGCCUGGAACCUGUGCUUUUCGGGCUUGUCCUCCUCUGCUACCUCCUGACCCUGGUGGGGAACAUCACUAUAAUUGUGGUCUCCUACCUGGACCUGCCUCUGCACACCCCCAUGUACUUCUUCCUCAGCAACUUGUCCUUGCUGGACCUCUGCUUCACUACUAGCCUGGCCCCUCAGACCUUGGUGAACCUGCGGGGCCCGGAGAAGACCAUCACAUACUGGGGGUGCGUGGUGCAGCUGUACACUUCCCUGGCCCUGGGCUCUACAGAGUGCGUCCUCCUGGCCGUGAUGGCCUUGGAUCGCUAUGUCGCAGUCUGCAAACCCCUGCACUACGCAGCCAUCAUGAGCCCCUGGCUGUGCUGCCAGCUGGCCCUGGCCUCCUGGCUCAGUGGGGUGGCCAAUUCCCUGGUCCAUGCCACCUUCACCUUGCGGCUGCCUCUCUGUGGCAACCGCCGGCUGGAUCACUUCAUCUGCGAGGUCCCCGCCCUCCUCAAGCUGGCUUGUGUAGACACCGUGGUCAACCAACUGGUGCUUUUCACGGUCAGCAUCCUGUUCCUUAUCCUGGCACCCGCACUCAUCCUCAUGUCCUACGGCUUCAUAGUGCAGGCUGUGCUGAGGAUCAAGUCCUCAGAGUCGCGGCACAAGGCCUUCAGCACCUGCUCCUCGCACCUGACGGUGGUGGUCAUCUUCUACGGCACCAUCAUCUACAUGUACAUGCAGCCCCGGGACAGCUACUCCCAGGACCAGGGCCAGUUCCUCUCCCUCUUCUACACCAUGGUGACCCCCGCCUUGAACCCCCCCAUCUACACACUGAGGAACAAGGACAUGAAAGAGGCUCUGAAGAGACUGUUCUCGGGAGCGCUGUGUCUCCACCAUGGGCGAGGCUUGGGGGGUCGAGUCUGA